CACUGAAGAGGGGCCAGUUCUUCCUCAACAGCCGACUGGGUGGGCUUAUGUAGGGGGAAGGGGUCACAGGUCAUCUGGAGGUGGGUUAGAGGUCGUGUGGAGGUGUAUCUCUCAGUGGCAGGAUGGCAGGGGUGAAUGGAGACCGUAAAGGGAAGAAAGAUGACAAUGGGAUUGGCACAGCCAUUGACUUCAUGCUUUCCAAUGCUAAGCUUGUGCUGGGGGUGGGUGGAGCAGCCAUGCUUGGCAUUGCAACACUAGCUGUCAAAAGAAUGUAUGACCGUGCAAUAAGCGCUCCCACCAGCCCCACCAAGAUGGAGCAGACAGGAAAGAGAAGCUGGGAGGAGCCCGCCUGGAUGGGUUCGUCACCACGGGUAUUGAACCAUGACAUGAAGUCCACAGUUAGCAGGUCACUACAGACUCUGCCAACUUCCCCACAUGCUUUUGAACCAGACUGUCUGCGGAGGGUCGUGGGUCGAGCUGCUGUGGGAGGAAGUGGGGCCACUCAAUCUGACCUGCUGCGGGCCCGAAUGCGUUUGUCCCUGCAGGAACAUCUGUGGGAGUUCUACCAGAAUAAUGUGAACAUCCCUACUGAGGAGCAGUCUACGGCCAGGAGGGCAGCGCUGGACAUCUGUGCAGAGCUCAGAGUGUUUCUUCACGCCAAACUGCCCGACAUGCCGCUUAGAGAGAUGUACCUGAGUGGCAGUCUGUAUGAUGACUUGCAGGUGGUUACAGCAGACCAUGCCCAGCUUAUGGUGCCCCUUAUCUUGGAGAAGAACCUGUGGUCGUCCAUCCCCGGGGAGGACACCAUCAUGAAUGUCCCAGGUUUCUGGCUUGUCCGCAGGGAGAACUUGGAAUAUUUCCCACGGAACAGCAGCUACUGGGACCGCUGCAUGGUCGGCGGUUACCUCUCCCCUAAAUCAGUCCUCGAGGUCUUUGACAAACUUGUGGCUGGCUCCAUUAAUUGGCCGGCUAUAGGGAGUGUCCUUGACUACAUCAUCCGUCCUGUGGUUCCCUCAGAAACACUUACCCUGGAGGUACAGUAUGAGACGGACAGGAAGUUGUAUGUGGACUUUCUACCAUUACUUGUGAUGGAGGAUGGAACCUCACUGAUUGCUAAACCACAUCGGCUUGCUGCAGAGCGGCAUGAAAACCUUUGGCGGCAGAGCUUCCGUGUGGCUGAAACGGCGCGGCUCAGGGCUUUGGAUCAGGAGGAUGGAGGCUGCCGAUGCGCCUGCCUAAAGGUGGCGAAAGCGGUGUGCAAGCUCAACCCUGCCCUUAACCGGCUCAACGCCAGCCAGCUCACCAACGCCAUCUUGCUGCUGAGUGAAAAAGAAGGUGACUGGACCCAGGAAGCACUGGGUGACCGCUUCCUCCAGCUGCUACGAGCACUAGUGGGACACCUAGAGGCUGGGAGGCUGCCAUGUGCCCUCAACCCUAAAGUUAACUUAUUCUGUGAGCUGACAGAACAGGAAGUGGACGAGUUGGGGUAUACGCUCUACUGUGCCCUCUCAGAUCCUGAGGGGCUGCUGAGAACUGCUGUGGCACAGCCAACCCAUCCCUGACAAACUUGUCAAUACACAGCAACGUGGCACCAAAAUGGCAACCACUGGUUUUGUGGGCAAUGGUGACCUCGAGCCAGAAUGAGGUUCCUGGGGAAAAAAAAACAUCUGCAUGGAGUUAUCCUCUCUCCCAUAACACAUGGUCUCUUAAGUUUUAAAUGCCUCUUUACAAACAUCUGUGAGAAAAUGUGAUACACGCAGUAGCAGUUAUUUAGUGUUGAUCAGUUUGACAUGAAAACUGUAUGUGAUGUGAUCCACCAAAUAUUUUAAUCUCAGAUAAAAGUGAAGGGUCAUUGGAGUUCAUGGCUCUCACUAAAGCCAUUGUAUUAAUGAAGCUAAUAGUAGGCAUGCUGUUAGGGUCUAACACACUGGGAUGGUGGGAAUGAACUCGGAUAAUGCCAUAUUUGAGCUCUUUUAAACUGGUUGGAGAGUUUUAGGAAUACAGACAUGUCUGAUGCAGUUAAUGUUACUGUGGUUAUGGUGCUGACUCUGCUUAGAGAUGGAUCGAUACCACAGUGUCAAGGGUAGAAUGUAAUGUUGAUUGUGUAUAUGCCAACCCAAAAGCUAAUAAAUUGUUGAUCAGCCUGAA